UUAUUGGUGCCCAGGGAGGAGAGUGCUACAGAAGCACCCACUAACCUUUCCGGAAACCCUAACUAUCCGGAAGUACGUCAAACGGAAGGAGUUAGAAGUUAGACAACGGGAAGAGGAAGUCCCUGAAUCAGGCCAUGGGAGAGGGGAAGAUUGGCCCCGGAGCUUCCCGGUCGAUAUGUCCGAAAUGGCGUCGGGGGUGUCUACGAAGGCGGACGGAAAGCGUGACGAGGGAAGGGGGCCCAGGAGAGUUGGCCCGCUUUGUAUUACAGGUCGUGUGUACCAUAUAGUUCAGAUGGCUGGGCUGAAUGGAGAAAAACCUGUGAAAUUGCUUCCAGUAUCUAAACCUCUAGGAAAUUUUGUGCCCUUGGUUCAAUCUCAAAUCACAGCUGAUAAUGUUAAAGGAAAUACCUCAAGAUUCAGUCAUGAUAAUUUGAAAGGUUUGUUUGCAACUACUACAUUUCCAUUUGUUAAAAAUCCUGAACAUACGGCAGCUACACCUGGAAAAUGGAUUCUACCAAAGCCCUUUGGUCAAGAGGAAAAGGCAAACAUAACCUCUGUUGUAAAAGAAAACCCACCAACACCUACUGUUCUUACAAUUCAGAGUAAUUUUCAUUCAGCUGAUAGACUCUCCUUCCGAAAAGAUGUUGCCCCAAAUUGCUUGGGGAAGAACAAUACAAAUUAUGUACUCUUGAAUACAAAGAACGAUCCAGGUACUGCAAGAUCUACAGUGUUGCCUUCUGGACAUCAUCUCCAAAUACCAGCUCAUGCAGAAGUUAAAUCUGUUCCAGCUUCUUUAUUACCGCUGGGAAUUCAACAGAAAAUUCUGGCAGCGGCAGCACCUUUAGGGCCAGGUGAAGUUGCAAAAGUACCAACAGUUAUUUAUGUGUCACCAGUAAAUACCGUGAAAUCAACUGCUUCUAAACCAUUUCAAAAUAUAUGUCCAAAAUCUGUCAUAGAAGCAACAGAACAUUUAAUGCAAAUAGUACCACAAAGAGCGGUCAGUCUUUCCACCCUAAAUGUGACAACAUCUGAUUGUGAGAAAAAAGAAAUGUUUCCUAUUAAAUGGAGUGUUCAAGAAAAUUUAAAGCAAUCAGCACCUUGCCUUGUUGCUGUAAAGUCAUCAAAUAGCAUGGUAUCGAAGAUCUUAAAAUUUUUGGCUAAUAUGAAGAACGUAAAUAGCAACACGACCAGUAUUCUCCCAGCAAGUUCAAACAGUCUAAGUGAAAGCCAAGGAAAAAUUACUUCUAUAAAAGAUAAUGCCUUGGUAGUGUACAAUGAGAAGGUAUAUUUAUUAACAAAAAAAGAGCAUAGUGUUGCAUCAGCAAAUAAUUGCAAGAAACAAGUACCAUCUAAUGAUGAAACACUCAUCAGAAAGCAGAAAUCAAAUGUAUUUAGUUCACCAGCUGAUAGUACAAUAGCUAACCAAGUUGUUAGUCUAGUAUUGUCAAAAAAUAAAGGGAAUACAUGUAGUGUAAAAGAUGCAGAAGUCAGUGGGAAUAUGAAACCACAGAUACAGUCUGAAGUGAGCAAGAAUUUAGAAGCUGCAUCUCCCUCUUUGGUGUCACCACUUGGAAGUCUACAAACAAGCAACAUCAACCAGCUUGAAGCAGUGUCAGCAUUGGGACACGUUUCUGAAUUAAAAGUUGAUAAAAAAUCAGCCAGAAGAGAAAACAAAAACAUCACACUUUCUUCUGAAGAACCUGCUGCUUUGCUACCAUCUAUGGUACCUUAUACUUCUGAAGAAGAAAAGACUAAAACUGUUUCAGGAAUGAAUAUUCAGAUCAAACAGCAGAAGAAGCAACGCAGAAAGUCAUAUUUUGAGUUGAGAAGGAAAUUUGGCCUCUUCAAAGAGGAGAGAGUGUAUCUAAGAAGAAUACCUGUAUCACUUUCUCUUCCAAGUUCAGAAGAAUCUGUGUGUUCCAGAAGUGUACAAGCAAAUGACACCUGUGACUUGUGUAGAACAGUACCUGUUACAUAUGGAUUCAGAGAAGAAGAAAAGAUAGUUAAGGAACAAGAAGAGCUGAAUAUAAAGAGAAGAAUAAAAACAUCACCAGUAUUAGAACAUGCAAAGAGGAAGAAGACUUUGAACACAGACUCGGAAUCUUACACAGAAGUGGAUAACCAAAGUAGUACUUGCGGACAAGCUGGAUCAGAACAAGAAAGUCCUACAUGUUUGCUGCAAUUAUCUGAAAGUUUGGACCCUGGCUCAAAUCCUUGUACUCCAACUAAUGAAGAAGACAUGUUAAACCCUGAUUCACAUUGCUCUGACAAGGAACCUUCUCUCAGUUCUUUUACAGAAGACGGAUUUCCAUUUAGCCCCCCAGACGUGGAGGAAACAAUUAGAGAUGAAAAAAUAACAAAGCUAAAACUCCUGUUGAGGGAGCGAGAAGUGGCACUGGAAGAGUUCCGUAAAAAAACACACUAGACUUAACAAAUUUAUUCCUUACUCCCAAAUUCUGCUGUAAACUUUGCUUUUUGUAACUUUUUUAAAAAGUUACCUGUUGAUUUUCAGAGUCUGGUAUUUCUAUAUUACCUGGUAUUAAAGAGUGCAGGAUUAAAUACCUGAAUUUUUCUGAUUGAAAUUCUAGGCUUUUAUUCCUUGGCACUGAAUCUCAAGGAAUAAAAGCCUAGGAUUUCAGCCAGAAAAAUAUAGCUUGCAUAAAAUGUUAUUUGACUAAUUCAGUACAUUUUUACAGUAAUACAGUUUGUAUUCUUUGGUAUAAUUACAUCAGAUUUCUUAUAAUGAAAGGAAAGUAGAUAGAAGCUUCAGGUACUGUUUGCCUAAUGUUUGAAGAAAAUGUGCUAGCGUAAGAAGAUGGACUAGUCUAAAUCUGAAGGUAUUCGUGGAGUUCAUCUUUAACUGCUAUUUGAAUUGGGCCAUAAACAGUUUCUUAAUGGAGUUUCCUGAAAUGUACUUCAGUUGUUACUCUAAUGUUUCAAAACAUUGUAGUCCAGGAAAUUCCUGUUUGUGCUACCAGUUAGUUUCCCCAGCCAUUGUUCUGUGGCAAUAAGGCUUGCUCAGUUAGUCACAGUACUGUUGUUGUAUCAUACAGAUAUAUUAGGCUAUUUCUCAAAAUAUGUUUUGUAUUUCUAUAAACCUUAAGGCUCCUCAUAGCCUGAUACCUCAUCCUUGUGUCCAGCACAUUUAGAGGACUCCAACUUGGGGAAGGCUAGCUUACAAUAAUUAUUUUGGUUAAAAAUAUAGUACCUAGUACAUUCCUCUAAUAAAAUGUGUUUUUCCAGUUACCUAGCAUUUAAUUCCUAUUAUCUGUUUGCAAAUUUAUUAGUGAUUUGAUGAACACAUUCUUAUGUGGCAUUUUUCAGUGUCUUUCUGUGUGGUUCAGUAGAAUUUAAAUAUCUCCAGAGAGGUAGAUUUAUGAUGCAGGAAGAUAUGCAGUGAUGUUAUAAGCAUUGAACAGAGAUUUAAAAAGCAGAUACAUGUUUCAUUUGUAUGAGGAAGGAAAACAGAUCUAUUUUUCUGCAGGAAAUUUCAAGGAAAAAAAAUCCACUUGAGGUAACUAUGAAUUCAUGUAGCCAAUUUGAAUUCCAUUGACAUGGGCAACAGUAAUUAUAUACAGUAUUUGACAAAUAAAUUUGUAGCUUCUGUCUGUCUUGGUUGCCUGUGGUCUUUGAACCUCUGUACAUGGGAUAUGGAAGAUGAUUUUUUAAAAGACAGCAGGUCUCAGUUAAAUCCAAUUAAAAAGUUAACAUGCUUAUUCUAAAUCUUACUUUUUUAUAUGAACUGGUUAAUAAUUAUAGUAAUUUCUCCUUCUCAAUUUAUGACAGGUUGAAGGAGUAAUAAAAUCAUCCGUAUCACUGUUAGGAAACUCACACCUUUUAGGAAAGGAACAAUUCCUGGUUGUUACAGAAUGGUUAGCAUCAGAAUAUGAGUUUAUCUGGAGGGGCUUCCAGAGAAGAAUACACCCAUUCAUAAUUAAACUACAUCAAGAAAUGAAGUCUACUGAAAAGGAACCUCUCAAAGAGCUGAAUAUAAGAAAAUCUUCAGCCAGAACUUUUUAUUUAUUUAUUUUAUUGGACUUUUACCCAGCCCAUCUAGACCAAAGGUCUACUCUGGGCGGCAACUCUGUAAAAGGUAAUUCUACCAGUCUCAUGCAAGAUAAGUAGUGCAUGAAAGUUACUCAGAUUUUGCACUUUCUAUAUAAAACAGUAUCAUAUA